AUGUGAUUAUUCAUCAAAUGCAAUAACUAAAUUUUUGAAUUCAACUAAUUAUAAAGCAAUUGUUAUAAUCAGUAAAUUAGUCGAUAAUAACAACUAACCAAAAAAAUGGUUUUAUUAACACGAAUGGAGAGUGAAUUACACGCCAGAGAUCGGGUCGGUGUCGAAGACUUUGUCCUACUCGAGGAUUAUACCGAUCCGAAUGCUUUUAUGGACAAUCUUAAGAAACGGUCCAAAGAAAACUUGAUUUAUACAUUUAUCGGACAAGUAUUAGUAUCGGUUAAUCCGUACAAAAAUUUGGAUAUCUAUUCAAAUGAUAUGAUAGAGACGUACAGAAAUGUCAAUCUCUAUGAACUGCCACCACAUAUUUUUGCCAUUUCCGACGUAUCUUAUCGUUUGAUGCGUGAAGAAUGCAGAGAUCAAUGUAUCCUAAUAUCUGGCGAAAGCGGUUCCGGCAAAACAGAGGCAUCGAAAAAGAUAUUGCAAUUCUUGGCGGCCGCCAGUCAUCACAAUCCCACUGUCGAGUCGGUCAAAGACAGACUACUUCUAUCUAAUCCAGUACUGGAAGCGUUUGGCAAUGCAAAGACAAACAGAAACGACAACUCGAGUCGUUUUGGAAAAUAUAUGGACAUCGAGUUUGACUAUUUGGGUACUCCUUUGGGCGGACAUAUCAACAACUAUUUGUUGGAAAAGUCAAGAGUUAUUCACCAGAAUAAGGGUGAAAGAAAUUUCCAUAUUUUCUAUCAGCUCAUCAACGGUGCCGACGAUGAGACUUUGGGUCAAUUGUUUCUCCGAAGAGAUCCUCAAAGUUAUUAUUAUCUGAAUCAAGGAGAUAGUGAUGACAUCAUCGGUACCGACGAUGCAAAACAAUACAGUAUUGUCACGAAUGCGUUCAAAGCAUUUGAUUUCAAAGACAACGACGAAAUGAAUCUGUUGUCGAUUGUGGCCUCAGUUCUUCAUUUGGGAAACACCGGGUUUUACGAAGAGAACGGCGAAGCAGUGAUCGCACAGUUGAAGACUGUGUCGCAUAUUUGCAAACUAUUGAAAUGCAAAGAAGAUUUACUACAGGAAGCUCUGACCAAUCGGACAAUUGAGGCCAGAGGUGAGUCCGUGAGUACACCAUUAACCAGAGAUCAGGCUAUCUAUGCUAGAGAUGCAUUGGCUAAGGCUGUCUACGAAAGACUGUUCACUUGGUUGGUGAACAAACUGAACGAAUCGUUGGAAAGUAAGGGUCAUCGGUCACGAAAAACACUGAUGGGUUUGCUUGAUAUCUAUGGUUUUGAAAUAUUUACGAAAAAUAGUUUUGAACAGUUUUGUAUCAAUUAUUGUAAUGAAAAACUUCAGCAAUUGUUUAUCGAACUGACCCUCAAAUCAGAACAGGAAGAGUAUCGACGCGAAGAAAUUGAAUGGGAGCCAAUCGAGUAUUUCAAUAAUCGCAUUAUCUGUGAUCUCAUUGAGGAACGGCAUAAAGGAAUUAUAGCACUGUUGGAUGAGGAAUGUCUUCGUCCCGGAGAUGCCAGCGAUGAUACCUUUUUAGAGAAGUUGGAGCUCAAUGUUGGCACUCAUCCACACUUCUGUAGCCAUAAUACCGGUGACAACAAAACCAAGAAAAUCAUUGAAAGAAAUCAAUUCAGACUCAGUCACUAUGCGGGCGAAGUUGUCUACAAUAUAUCUGGUUUUCUCGACAAAAACAAUGACCUAUUGUACAGGGAUUUGAAACGAGCCAUGAAUUCAUCGGGUAAUCCGAUUAUACAGAAAGUGUUUACACAAAAUGAAAUCAAUAGCAAAAAGCGGCCGUUGACUGCUGGCACUCAAUUCAAGAAUAGUUUAUCUAAACUGAUGGACGCACUGUUAUCGAAGGAGCCCUGGUAUGUCCGAUGUAUCAAACCUAACGACAAUAAGAUGCCCAAUCAGUUUGACGAACAAGUGGUCAGACAUCAGGUCAAGUACUUGGGACUGAUUGAGAAUCUGAGAGUCAGAAGAGCCGGUUUUGCUUAUCGGCGCACUUAUGAUGCGUUUCUUCAUCGCUACAAAAGUCUAUGCCCACAGACUUGGCCACACUUUAACGGUACGGCCAAAGAUGGUGUUCGCGUGUUAGUCAAUUACUUGGGCUAUGACCUGGAUCAAUAUCGUAUGGGUAAAACCAAAUUGUUUAUACGAUUUCCAAGAACUUUGUUCGACAUCGAAGACGCAUUCCAGCAGAAGAAACACGAAUUGGUGGCUAUAAUACAGGCAAGAGUUAAGGGUAGACAACAGAGAAAGAGGUAUCUGGAGAUGAGACAAGCCGUUACUGUGAUAGCCAGCUAUUGGCGUAGAUUUUUGGCCAUCAAAUUGUUGGCCAGAAGACGACUGGCCGCCCAUAUUAUUCGGACGUUUAUUAAGGGUUUUAUUACACGCAAUGAACCCGAAAAUGAUUGCAACCGUGCAUUUGUGAAGAAUGUAAGGGCCGAGUGGUUGAAAAGAUUAUCAAAACAAUUGCCGAAAAGUGUUUUGGAUAAGAGUUGGUCAAAUGCACCGAAAUGUUGUCUAGAAACAUCGGAAUUGUUGAGAAAAUUGCAUCAGCGAUGGCUCGUCAGGAAAUAUAUCAAAAGUAUUAGUCCCGAAAGGAAACGUCUGAUGGAUGAAAAAGUUGUGGCCGAAGAGCUGUUCCGCGGAAAGAAGAUUAGCUAUCCAUCGAGUAUUAGAUAUAUGUUUAAAGAGAAUCGAUUGAGUUCCGAAUUGGAAACACUUAGACGAAGUAUAUUUGAAACAAAACAUAUAAGAAGUGACGAAAAGACCAUCUAUUGUACACAAGUCGUCAAAUUUGAUCGACACGGCUAUAAACAAAGGCCGCGGAUAUUAUUGUUGACCAAUAGUGCCAUUUAUUUACUAAACGAAAAGGAUAUGAAACCUAAACACCGGUUACCGUAUAAAUCGAUUACCGAAAUAGUGGUCAGCGAUCUAAUGGAUGACCUAAUGAUAAUCAAAAUUCCCGCUGAGCUUAAACAAGACAAGGGAGACCUAAUACUUGAUUGUAAGCAACAUAUUAUCGAAGUGGUGACUAAAAUCAUUAUUAUGAACAAAGAUAACAGUAAAUUAAAUGUUGUCAACACUGGCAGUAUUACACAUUUAAGUAGCGAUGGAAAAGUGGGACAAAUUUCGUUUAGUAAAGGCAUUGAAAACGGUAUCAUUAAGAGAAAGGAUGGAGUCUUACAAGUGACAUCAAAAUCGCCAUAAAAAUCGCAUAUUUUUCUACUAAAAUACUAAAUCUAGUCUUCAAAUAAAAAAGGCACACAUUUUUAAAAAAAUAAUUAUCACUACCGUUAUAGACAAGAGAUUAGUGCCAAACAUAUUAUAAUAAACACAUUAAUUGAUUUACAAAUCUAUUUAAAAUUUAUAUUUAUUAUUAUUAAUUAUUACCUGAAU